AGAAAAGUAUAGUUGAAGAAGUGGCGUUAUUAGAUAAGAAAACGGAACGACGCAAUGAUACACUUUGUCUUUUUACAUUAUGAGCGCGUCGUGUAAUAGAGAUUAACAACAUCUCUGUUGUCUAAGUGGCGGAAAGGUGAAACAUAAAAGUGAUUGAGUUGAAUGAACACAAAUUUCAUCAAAAUCUAGGUGGGUUGACUAACAAACUUUUAUCAAAGUCACUUUGUAUGUGUAUGUGAAAUGAGUUAAGCGAAAUGGCCUGCCACAUUAAAGGAAUAGCACAUAUACCGGACAUAGAUAAAGUAAAGAAAUUGCUUUAUGGCGAUGCUAUUAGCAAAUUUGAAUAUGUACCUAGCAAUGAGCUGCCUCUCCAAGAUUGUCAUGUAUCACUGUCAUCUGUUGGAGAUGUACUUGCAAUGGCUUGGAAUACAAAAAUGAUCAUAUUUGGUUCAAAAUGGGAUUCUCAAGAGUUAAAUGAAGUAAAAACAAAGUUCCAUGUAACAUGGCAUGGGGAAAUAACACAGCAGCAAAAUGAAUGGAUAACUUCGGUGAUUUGUUUACCUUUAAUAUCUUUAGGAAAGGCUAGUGGUCCAGAUUGGACAUGCAUAAUUGUUGGAUUUAAUACUGGUUUUAUUCGAUUUUAUACAGAAACAGGUGCAUUACUCUUAGGAGAACAGAUCCAUAAUGAAUCAGUUUUAGGAAUAAAAUGUCAAUCAUUUUGUCCACCAAGACACUCUGGAGAGACUGGAUUCAAUGAGGAAAUUUACAUUUCCUAUAACAGUGGUGUCUGUAUAUUGCAAGGAUUUCCAUUAUUUUCAACUUUGCGUGCCUGUAGAAAUCAUUUAGCUAGAGUACAAGCUAAUUGCAAUGAUUUGCCGCCAAUUACAAAUUUGUCAUACAAAAAAUGGGCAUUUAAAAAUCAAGACAUUGCAAAUGAUUCAGAAGUAAUCGGUACAACAUCGAUAAAUAGUUUUGAUCAUUUGAUGACUGCCUCGAUUUGUGGCGGUUAUAACGCGACAUACAGAUCUAGUGCACCGCAACACAACUUAGUUCUUGCGACAGGAAAAAGACCAUUUGUAGGAUUCCACUAUGCACUGGAAGGUGGGAAUGCACCUGUCUUAUCCGAUGUUGCUAUCGCUAUGGCCAGCAAAUUGGCCAGUGCUAUUGGUACUGCUGUUCCGUGGUUCCGCAGUGGUUCCAAGAGCUCAACAUCUGAAACGUCAAAAGGUAACAUUCAGGAAUCUGUGGAAACAAUGACUUGUCGAUUUGGUUUAAGCGAUAUUAUGAGAGAGGGUGAUUGCAUCGUCUGUAGUCCAAAUAAAAUGUUAUCGGUAAUCUCUGACGCCAUGGGCAGAGUAAUACUUAUAAAUAAUAAAAGAGGCGUGGCUUUAAGAAUGUGGAAGGGAUAUCGCGAUGCUCAAUGUGGUUGGAUUGUAGUUGACGAGGAAAAAGAACGUGGAAUCCACAAAAACAUCAAUAAGUCCGGACGAAAAACUUUAUUGCGCACCGCCAUGUUUCUAGUUAUCUACGCGCCGAAGAAAGGCGUGAUAGAAAUUUGGAAUAUUCAGCAGGGUCCAAAAAUUACAACUUUUACUGCUAGUAAAAAUGGACGUUUAUUGUAUAUUAAUUAUGGCUGUUUGGGAGCAAAUAAUAGUGGAACUCUGUCCAAGAAUAAGCCACAGUAUUCAUGUGUGUUUAUGGAUCCAUUCGGGGGAUUAAAGGAGAUUUGUGUUCCAUUUCAUUUUGCUCUUAGCAGCAAAAAUGGAAGACGAGCACGUGACAUACAUCUGCUCAGAAAAUUGAGAGCGUUCCUAAGAGAAGAAGAUUUUAAUGAAGAAAAAUUGGUUGCUGAAGUUACUAACACUUGUCGCGAAUUAAAAACAAACGAAAUUAAAAUACAAACGACAGAAGUUUUAAUGAACAGCAAACAUAUUUUGCCAAACGCUUUGCUCGCCGCAACAAACUGUUUUGCAAUGAAGUCUGGAGAAGAAGAAUUAGAGCCUACUGCUAAAACACUUUGUCAGUUGACAACGCAGUUACAGCACAUAAUUACAUUUUAUAAAUAUGUUAAAUCUCAACUUGACAUUCCACCUGAAUAUAAUAUUGUGGCAGCUGAUAAUGUACCAAGUGCUAAAAGUUUAUCUUUGAUAUUAUUAACUUCAGAACGAGAAGUACAUCAUAUCAUUAAAUUAUCCAAAAUAUUAAACAGCUUUAAGAAUACUGACAUUUCAGUAGAACCUAAAGUUAAAUUCAAAGAAGACGAAAGAGUAUUUUUCGAAUUUUUGUCAUGCUUCGAAUUUGGUGUAUCGAAAUUUGUUGGUCUACGAAAAGAAUUAAAAGAGGAAAAAAUAUGCGAAAUAUCACGAUUGAUCUAUCAAGGAUGGAUGUACUCCAAUGAUGUAAAAGAAAAAUGGCAGCAAGCUGCGAAAGACAGCAAUAUUCGACCAUCCACUUUGAUGCGAUUGGCAUUAAUAUAUUGGAUGCACAAGCAAGAAGCUGCAUCUUUGGAAAUAGAGCUAAAACGCUUUACACAGCUUCUACAUGUUAUUUGUUUAUUAGUUGAUGUGGAAGAAAUAUGUGCCGAAUACAAUGAGGUUUCUUCGUGGUGGAGAAAUGUACGCACGAUUCUAACGGAGUCUAUAAAACCUUUUUCUGCGCUUACUGCCGCAUUAGCUUGCAGAGCAAUCUGUAUGAUUCUAGAGAAACAUAAAGAAAAAUUACAAAAUCAAAAACUAUUAGAGACUAACGGAAACGAAGGAGAAGAUAUUAAAAAUGGAAAUGACGUGGCCAAAGUAAAUGACACUAAUGAAGAUAAACCAAAUGAUAGCACACCGGAUGAUGAAACAUACAGUUCAAUUAGUGAAUGGGAAAAUGUUAGUAAGGAUACUUGUCAAUUCACAGUGUUAAUUGGAAAUCUUGAAGAUAUUGCCAUUUUAAAGGCUGUAGUUAGUCAUCAAAUUAUACCAGAUGAAACAACACAAUUCUUUUCUUUGCCAUUUACAAAAUAUGACAUUUCUUUAUCAUCGAUUUUUUCCAAGGGAAAAGGUUCAGUGUCUGAACUGGUUGCAAAAUGGCUCAGCACAACGGGUAUCGAUCCAGCGCGAUUAAUCGACACAACUGAUGUGGAAUUCGAUCAGCUACAAUUAUCAGUGGAUCCUUUACAAUUGACUGAUUCGCUGGAUGAAGCAACUGCAAUUGACGUACCUCAACAGGAACAAACGAAACUUCUUUCAUUGUCGGUGGAAAUUGGAGACGAAGCAAAAGCCAACGCAACUAUGGAAGCAUGCAUUUUAGAUAAAAUUAAUUUGCUUAAACGCCAUUUCCCGUAUAGUUUAACGAGUAGUGUUUUGUUGGCUAAUUUAUGUUGGGAGUUUGCAAUGUCAUGGAAUAAAGACGUUACUCAGCUAGAAUCACUUGCAGCUGCCUUGGCUGUUUUACGACAAAUACCUAUGAAAAAUAUGCGACACGGCGUUUGUUGCUUAUUAUGGACGCUUCAUAUAAAAAAAAGAAUGGAAACAGCGGCGAAACUAAUGAACAAACUCGGAAAAUUGCCGAAAGAAAGAUUAUGUAUGCAAGACAUUGGCUUAUCUGACAUUCAAUUGACAUCGUUCUUGCAACACUGCGUUACUUUCUUAGAUAUAUUUAUCGAUGCUGAGAUACUCGAGCGAGGAGAUAGUACAACGAUAAAAUCGGAAGAAUUAUGGGAUGGACAUCCCAAUGGACCGCAACCGUUUGCUGCUCUAGCUAUUUCUCAAUCACCAGCUUGGUAUGACUUGGUCUUGUUACACAUACAAGUGGCUAAUGUUCUGUACAUGAUAGCAUGUCUUAAUUUAAAGAUACUGAAACCAUUAAAUAAUUUGUUCGAAUCUGUGGUACAACCCUAUUUCUUUCAAGACAUAACGGAUAAAGCAAUGCUCACAUGGUAUCGGGACGAUAAAAGAGAUAACACACGUACGGAAUUUUUAUGUAAAGUAAUCACAGCAUCGAUGGAACUCAUUCACCGGGAAACUACGGAUGGUGUAACAGUCAGUUCGACACAAGCCGUUUUAUGGAUGAGCAAAUGUCAGACAUUGGCAUCUAUUUGGAAGAUUAAUAAUGAUGAGUUAAGGAUACAUCAAGCCUGUCAACUGUAUAUAAACGGUUUUGAUCGUUUAGCAGAAGAAGUAACUAUAGCGGUAACUGACAUCGAACGCUUAGCUGCAAAUUUAUUACCUAUAGCCGGAAGAAGAAUGAUGGCGUAUCUCUCGAAAACGCCUAAUCUUCUGGAAGAAAUGUCACGAAUGAAUCCGUCACUUACAAGAUACUUAGAAACCUUGAACGUGUUCGAGAUAGUUUGUACAAAUUGUUCGAACGCCGAUAAUGUUGAAUUAAUUCGACGAAUAUCUAUGCAUUUACCUACAACUCAUUGUGACUAUCACAUUGCACAAUUGAUGUUAGAUGCAACAUUUAUUUAUGAAGGUAACAAUUAAUUUUCUCUACUUUGCAAACUUCGAAUGUUCUUUGAGAUAUCGUAAAA